AUGCUGGCUAAACUAAUAGAUGUGAAUUAUGGCAUUGCAAACUGUUUUUCGAUGAUUGCCAACAUGGCAGUUAUUGUAUUAUUGCACUGCAAGAGUUCUCGAAAAUUGCUUGGACCAUAUCGCUGGAUUAUUCAGAUUGCAGCAGCACUUCAGUUCAGCUCCAGUUUCGCCACGCUUCUUGUGCCAUAUAAAUAUGUGAAUGCUCCUGUACGGACCGCUGUAACCACAGGCCUUGACUCAUUUUAUCCUGCAAUUAUGUUCUAUUUUGUGUUUUUUUCGAAGGAUGCAUUCGAUUUUUCCACAAAUUUUGUUCUUACAAUUGGCUAUAAGCAAAAUGCGACAUUGUCCAAGAGAUAUCAUUUAUUCAUGUCACUGGCAAUACUGCUCUUUUGCUUGUUGAUUGUGCUCGAAGAGUUCCUCUAUAUGCGGGGAGUGGAAAUCACGUACGACAUGAAUCACUAUGUACUGAAACGCUCCACGCGAGAGGUUUGUUUUCCGUUGGAAAAGAAAGAGAUUAAGAAAAUCAAAGUUAUUUAUAAGUUUGUGAAAAUAUGGCAAUUUUAG